AUGUAUAUUUAGAGAGAUAAUUUACAAAGUAGAGGUUAAGUAAGCUCAAGUCAUAGAAAUUUUUAAACAAAAAGAACUAAAACAGAACCAUCAUUACUACCUAAUUUUGAUAUAUUACAAGAGAAUGUGAAGAAUUAAUUUGCUUUAGGGCAUAUAAGAGGUAAAUGGCUUCAUAAACCUCAAUAUGUGAUACCAAAAACUGAAAUUUAAUAAAAACGAGAUGAGACAUAUGGAAAAGUGAAUAAUAAAUCAAAGACAAAAAAAUUAACUUUCCUAAAAUUUGGAUUUAGAAUGCAUGAAAAAAAGAACAAUUAUUAUUUACAACCUUUAAUAAAAUAGGUACAUGAUGCAUUUGGGGAAUUGGCUAAUGAUGGAUCAAUGGGAGUGGUUGAUUUAUGGAGUGAUCGAAAUGUUAAUAGAUUGAUGGAUGCAAUAGAAAUGACAAGGGAUAAUCUAUUAGUGAGACGAAUGGGAAAGGAAAAAUAAAAGAGUGAUGAGUCAGGUUUAAAUAGAGUCAAUGAAAAAAAAGUUAACAACAUUUUUAAAUAAAGUGAUGAUGAUACUUUUAAAAUAAAAUUUCAAUUAACUAAUGUCGAAAAGCGUAGACUGACAAGAAUUGCUAUGCCUACUUUAUGUUAGUAAGAAUGAUUUCAUUAUGAAAUAGUUAAAUAAGACAUAGUGAUCCAAAUGAUGGUAUAGCUGCAAUUGUCAGUUCAAUUGAUGAAUUACAUCAAGAAAACCUAGAAAUAUAUACAAAUCUGUAUUAGUAAAUAAAAAAGAUAUAAAAGAAUAUCAAAUGA